CCGCGUGGCGUGUAGAGUUCGCCAUUUUGUUGUGGUUUGCGAGAAGGGCCGUGUCGGGCGGAGUGGGUUUUUGAUCGAAGGAUGAGCGAUGAGGACAGGGAUGUGGACGUUGAAAGUGACGAAGACGACGAUGACGGGAGUAUCUGCCUGGAUUCGCCAACGUCGGGAUCCCAGGCUUCUGGCCCAUAUUUGAGUCAGGUAGCCGAGAAGCGGGCGCACCACAAUGCAUUGGAGCGGAAGCGCAGAGACCACAUCAAGGAGAGUUUCCACAGCCUCCGCGACUCCGUCCCGGCCUUGGAAGGGGAAAAGGUCUCGGUAGGCAUGAACAAAGCUGCAGCCCCUUCGGCUGCAGCCCCUUCGGUAUCACGGGCACAGAUUCUGAAGAAGGCAGCGGAUUAUAUUCAGUUCAUGAGGAGGAAAAACCACAGUCACCAGCAAGAUAUAGAUGACCUCAAGAAACAGAAUAACAUCCUUGAACAACAAAUUCGAUCUCUAGAAAAAGCUAAAUCCACAGGAGCAUUUGCCUCACAGACUGGGGUCAAUCUACGUGGAGGACAGAUGCCAUUUGAUGGUGGCUCAGAAUCGGAAAGUUCCGAUGUAGAGGACAAAUCAGCUGGGAGUAGACGUAAGAAAUUAAAGACAGCACCCAGCUGAGGGACAUCUGUCACAUGACGUAAGGCAGCAAAUCAUUGCUCGGGAUUUUAUCCUUCACAUGUUCGUGCAGAUCAACUCUAUGACAUCUGAUUCAUGCAGUAUGCGGCGAAAUGGACUUGGAUCGCUGCAGGGAUUUAGAUGUGUGUAGGGUUGAUGCUCAUUAUCAUUUAACUGUUCAGCUUCAUGCCAACUAGGACAUGUACUUGCCAGAGGAAUGGUUUCCGUACCAGAGGAGACGGAUAGUAACUUCAGCAUUCAAGGAGGACAGAAUGCAGCAGCUUCUGUGGAUUCAAAUGGGCAAACUAAAGAUCUCAAUUUGGUCAUUUUAUGAAGUAAUUCCAUGAGUGUAUUUUCUACAUUUUGCAAGAAAGAGCAAUAUGGUGUUUGCAUGUUAUGUUUUUAUCACUUGAAAAUUAUUCGGCUGUAAAAGUGUGUGAAAAAUGUCACAGGAAACCUUUUUAAUUCAAAGAUUGUAUGCCUCGAAAAUCAAAUUUAACAUCAAACUGGACGAUGUAUUUCCCACCUCAACUGAUGCACGUUAGUAUUAAGGUUCUGUACCAGACGAUGAUAAGGUCUAGAAUAAUUUGACUUCAUGCCCUCAUCUGAAAAGGAUUCAGAUUGCUCAAAUCCCAUGUGAAAUAUAUUUCUAGUUUGUAUGCAAUGUUAAAGGCUGAGAGUCGUAUUUCAAGAAGAUAUUGUGUUCCUGAUAUUACUCCAAUGUUGCUCAAACUGAUCCCCGGGCGGUGGGGUAGCCUAGUGGUAAAAGCGUUCACUCGUCACGUCGAAGACCCAGGUUCGAUUCCCUACAUGGGUACAAUGUGUAAAGCCCAUUUUGGGUGUACCCCGCCAUGAUAUUGCUGGAAUAUUGCUAAUAGCAGCAAAAAACUAAACUCACCCAAACUGAUCCCCCACCAGCUGUCAGGGUAUAACAGACCUGUAGACAAGCAGUUACCAUGUGUGCUUUGUUAUCUACCACAGGGCUUAAUGAAUGCUUAGGAUACAGGUUGCCUUUGUUUAGAUAGCAAGGUUUUACAUGUUUGUCAAUCUGUUUUAUUACUGGAAUAAGAUCUGUCAAAAGGAACUACAGGUAGACACUUCUAAUGGCCUCUAUCUUUAUGAUGUUAUGAAGGAUUUUACCAUAAACAAAUAAAUGUUUCAUAUAAAGGCUGUGAUAUGCAGAUAAGGAAUGUAUUUGAAAUUACCUACCCAACUUUUGAUGGGAUAUUCUGGGUGGUCUGUUUGAUUUCUGGUGGAGAUUGUUUGAAAAUGUCAUGCAAAAAGUAUUUCAUGUUACAGUGAAACGAAAUCAGAUUUGGCUUCACGUCAACCUAAUUAAACAAAACCACAUGACACAACAAUAUUUUGUCUAAAAGUUUCUAACAGGAUGAAAAGAUAUCCAAUAUCCUUGUCACUUGAGUAGUACACAGGGGCUUGUAAGGUUAAAAACAGACAUCAAUGUAUAUACUGUCACAGAUAGGGUCUUAGCAAGAUAUGAAACUUAUGCCGAAGACACUGGGGGCUGUGGGGUAGCCUAGUGGUUAAAGCGUUCGCUCGUCACGCCGAAGACCUGGGUUCGAUUACCUACAUGGGUACAAUGUGUGAAGGUCAUUUCUGGUGUCCCCUGCUGUGAUAUUGCUGGAAUAUUGCUAAAACGACGUAAAACCAUACUCACUCACUCACCUAAGACACUGUUAAUGACAGUAUUUACCUUGAUGCCUGUUUGUUUUUGGCAUUACAAGCCCCUGUAAGAGAAGUAUGCAAAACAAGUAUGAAAUCAUAAACAAAAGUUGUAUUCUGUUGUAUUCUAACUGUGUUGCAGACUAGAAAUGUAACUGUAUUGUACUAAUGCUGAAACCAGACAGAAGCAAGACCAGUUGCUACCUUAGUUCUAAUCAAUGCAGAAAAGUAGAUGGUAUCCUUCACGAUGUUGGCGUUGAGAUACUACAGUGGUUUUAAAGCUCUAAUGGAGUUUGUUAUAGUUUAAGUUAACGGAGGAUCAAUACCUGAAUUGUUAUGUAUGUGCUGUACCUAUUGUACAAAAAUGCAAAAACAUUUUAAGUUGUAGAAAUGACAUGUAUAUUAUACAAACAAAAUUUUUAGUCACGGUGUAUUUAUUUCAUUCCCACAUAGGUCUACAGGUGUAUGAUAAUACAGAAUGGUAUUGUAUAUGUUAUCAGUAUGAUAUUGUUUUGGAUAACAGGAUGGUAUUGUAUUGGAUAACAGGAUGGUAGCGCAUAUAAGACUUGUUGUUAUCCUUCAACAUGAAUGAUUAAAGGAAUUUGUAAAUGUUGCACUUUUUAAGCUCCUUGUAGAACGAACAAUAUUUGUUUAAAAAUUGAGAAACAUUUUGGGUUAGGUUAGACAGGAGGAUUCAGGAACUGCAUCUCUGUGUAUUCAUCUGAUAUGGUGCUGAGACUGUAUCAGAGAUAUCAUGUGUAAAUAAACCCAUCGUAGACA